ACGUGACCGUAACACGCAUGUCAUGUCGGCUGUCAAGUAAACGUGUUGUUCAUAAUUUUCAUUUAUCGUUUGUUGUCCCACCGGUUGCUGAUCAAAAAUGUCUGGUGUUCAAAUUAUUAGUGACAGUACAGUGACAAUUAAUGUUACUUCGGUAUGCAAUCAAUUUGGGGCGGAGAAGCGAUUUCCGAAAAAUUUAACGAUUCUAGAUUUCAAGGGGAAGUUAGAACUGUUAACAGGAGGACAGCAGAAAACUAUGAAAUUACAACUGUAUAAUAAAGACAAUAAACUUGUGUGUUUAAUAGAUGAUGAUUCAGCGUUAUUGGGUUCUUAUCCCAUUGAUGAUGGAAUGAGGAUCCAUGUCGAGGAUAAAAAUCUUACAGCUGGAGAAUUUGAUGAUGUAUCGAAAGUAGAAAAAUUUGAAUUAGAUGAAGAAGAAUACGCUAAAAGAACAGAUUCCGUUCGAGCGUUUAAAGAAAGAAAUAAAAUGGGUCGAUUUAAUCCUGAACUUGUGAAACAGAAAGAGGAAGAAAAACUGCAACAAGAUUUACUUGAGAAGGAGAAAGCUGAGACUAUGAAAGUUGGUGAUAGAUGUGAAACCCGAGUUACAGGACAGCCUACACGGAGAGGAACGAUUAAAUAUAUAGGAACAACAGAUUUUAAACCAGGUAUAUGGGUUGGGAUACAUUAUGAUGAACCACACGGUAAAAACGAUGGAAGCGUUAAUGGUAAAAGAUAUUUUGAAUGUCAGCCCAAAUAUGGAGGAUUUGUUAAACCAUUAUUUGUAGAAGUUGGGGAUUUUCCAGAAGAAGAUUUUGGAUUGGACGAUGAAAUGUAACUUUAACCAAUCACUAGUCACGACUCAAACUAAUCGUACGAUCACCAUCAUUUAUAAAUGGGCCUAUAUUGAUCCUUUAUAUUCAUGUGGCCAGCCUGUCGACAGCUUGAUUUGUAAUUAUAUAAGUUACGCAGCUAUUUCGAUGUAAUUAUUUAUUAUUUUUUUAAUUAUUUUAUUCCUGGCAAAUUAUUCUGUUUUUAUUUAAUGUUGACGAAUCUCUACAUGCCUUAAAACUUGAGGGGGGUGGGGGCGAAAAGUUAACGCAUGUGCGUUAUAUCAUAAGGUCUGUCAUUGAGUCAACUGGCGGAUUUUGAUUACCGCUUGUACGUGACAAGGUGUAGGGUCGCCUGUCCAACCUCGUGGGUUUUCUCCCAUGACCACCUUCCAUAUGUUAGUCCCAAAAUAACCUAGUUUGUGUCGAGUGGAUGUUAAACCACAUUUCAAUCUCGUUCUCUCUUAAAAUUCGAGACGUUGUUUUUGCUAGAAAUCUCUACAACUGGGGAGUCAAGGUGGCUCAGUGAGUAACACAUUGGCUUACUAACCUGGAAGUCCCAUGUUCGAUCCCUAUGCUGGCGGAGAAAGUUCAUCAGGAUUUUCGGGCACGAUUCCCCCCCUUGUCAGUGGUGAAAGAUCGAGGGCCUGGCAAGGGACAACGUAUAGUCGUUCAAAUGGGACGAAAAAACGAGGUCCCGUGCACACUCGAUAUAAGAGUAGGCUGUAGCACCGCUGUCCAGACAAAACUUUCCUCAUAGCACACUGCAUGGUGUACCCCUUUCUUUAUUAGCCCAGUCGGAGCAGAAUAGUAGGACAUUAAACCCCAUUUCAUUUCAUUUCUCUACAAAUGUUCUUAAAUCUGUGAGAGAAAUUGUCAAAAAAAUACAGUGAAUUAUCCGUAAGAGUUGGGUUUUUUUACCUUAUAUUGGCUGUGAUGAAAAUUUGUUGAAUUCAGAUAUUUAUGUCUGCAAGAAUCUUGGCAUGAAUCAUAUCACAGGGAUUCUCGAAAAAUAUCCUUUUCAAAAAGGGGGGCUGGAUGGCCGGAUGGCCGAAUGGUUAGCACGCGCACACUGUAUCAUACAGUCUGUCAUUGAGUCAACUGGCAGGGUUUCGAUUCCUCGGUUGUAUGUGACAAGGAGUAGGGUCGUCUGUCCAACCUCGUGGGUUUUCUCUGGGUCCUCCGGUUUCCUCCCACUGCUAAAGACCCCUACACGCAAGCGAAUUAUUGAAAUAAAAUUGAACCAUGUGUUAAUCCCGAAAUGACACAGUUUGUGUCGAGUAGACGUUAAACCCCAUUUCUCUCUCUCUCUCUCCUUUUCAAAAAAGUUAGUAGCUGUCUUGCCAAAAUGUGGCUCAGUAUUGCAUACAUGUUAAUCCCACGAUAAUACAUCACGGACAAAACAUAUGUGUCAUAAUCAAUCUGGUUAAAACACAGAUUCUAUUUCCUUUACUUGUAUUUACUACACUAGGAUCUGGAAGAGUUGUUAUAUAACCCUCGUUCUGGAUGAUGAUAGAGAUAAGCCAAUGAAACAGUCUGUUACGGCGACUUCUUGGCGUGCGAUAUGUGGAACUGUGGGUAACCCACUAGAAACAUUGUCUCAAUAGAUUCACCAUAUGUUUGGCGCAAUAUAACCCGGUUGGAGCUGACGUGCUAUUAAACAACAUUUCAUUUCAUUUCAUAACGUUGAUUGGUUAAUUGAAUGUCUGAUGUCAUAGGGUCAAAAGCCACUGACCCCUGACUUGACCUUCGAGUACAACUUGUCAGAUCUUCAUUUAGUGUAGGCCAUCAAAAGUAUUAAAAAAAUAAAACGAAAUAUAGAUGUGUAUUAUAAUCAGUAUAGUCAAUAUGUAAACACUGCCAUUCAAUACAGUUAUAUACACUGGAAUAUAUAUAUAUAUAUAUAAAUAUAUCAUUUAUAAACCAAUACCAACCAGAAAGAUGGAGCUGUAUUGUACAUGAGAUUCAACCUGGCGGGUCACCAUUUGAUUUCAGUUGAAAAAAACAAAACCUGACCCUAGUCCUGACAUUUUUACCCUAAAAACAAAACAACGGACCUUAGUCUUGACAUUGUUAUAAAAAUGGUAGGCAUAGAUAAUAGACAAUAUAUACAACAUGUAUGUUGCCAUGGCAAUGACAUAUAACCAACAGUUUUUGAUACAAGUCAAUGAUGAAAUAAAGUGAGGCAACUUGAUAUAUCAACUGGUUCCUUGUAAAAGAUGUAACUAUAACAAAGGCUUUUUCACUCAAAUGAUCCCUUACACAAGGAACCAAGUUAAACUAGGUAUCUAGCCAAACCAUGAUAAAGAGGCAGGUGAGAAAUCUUAGUGUGAAAUGUAAAUUCUGUAAUGUUUCAUUUACCUGUAAAAGUUGGAUGAAAUUUUCACCCAGCUUUUUACUAACCUGUAUUACUUCAUUAUUAAUGAACAGAUUUUAAAAUUGGUAAAUUUUUUGUCAAAUUAAAUAAUAUAUUGUAAUAAUGUAUACAUUUGUUUUCUGCUUUUUUAUGUUUAAAUUAGCAAAACGGCAUAAUUAUUGCAAUUUAACUGAAUAAAUUAAAAUACAGUG